UUGUGGCGGUGAGGCGCCGCUAUGUCUAAAUUAAAUGGAAAAUGUAAAAUCUGAAACCAAAAUCAAUGGCAUUCACACCUCCAAAAUUCUCUGUUCCUGUUGAAUUCUCAUGAAGCAAAACUCCAUGGCCAUCAAUCUCAGCUCUGCUUCUCUUCACCCAAACCCUUCAUUUCUUACCAGGAAAAAUAACAAUCUCAUCAAAUUCUACCAUACUGGCACUACCUCUUCAAUCAGAACAUGUGCUCAAUCACAAGGAACUGACACUGGACUCACUGAGGAAGAUUCUUCUUCAGGAUCUUUAUCUUCUUCUCGCACACAGCUGGAACUUUUGGAGCAACUUACAUCUACAAGCUCACCCAAUAAUGGCUAUGACAGUGAUGGCAGCUCUAGCAAACCUACAAUUCGUGAGCAGCUUUCGCAGUUGUUUGGAGGAAGGGAUGAUGAUUUCAGCAUACCUCUGGGUAAGAACUUGAAGAAAGCGAGUGCGAAGUUUUUAACAGUUUCACAAAAGAGAAAUAUCAAGAGGCAAACUUACCUGAAUGAAGUAUCUCAAAGGAAUGAUUCAGUGUUUUUUGCAAGCAUAGGAGCCUUUGUGCUUCUUCCUCCUCUUAUAAUAUUAGGAAUAGCUAUAUUAACCGGUUAUGUACAGCUUUUUCCUUGAAAUAUGAUAACAUUUAGCAAUACUUAAUAGAAUUUCUUAGCUAUAUUCUCCUGUUUUUGUUC